AUGAAAAUCUAUAAUUACUUAGUAUUUUUGAUGAUCUCAUCAAUUGAAAUGAGAUAUAUUAGUCAAUAUUGUGUUUGUAGACAUGUGGACAAUAAGGAUGAAUGUUAGAGAUCUUAGAUCUGCAUUUGGAACGGAGAAAAUUGCAUUUUAAGAUCAGGUGAAACUUAUAUUCAAUAGGUGGAUUAGUCAGAUGGAGAGCAGUGUUAUAAGUAUAUACAGGAAGAUUGCAUAUAGAUGGAUAUGUGCGGAUUUUAUUUGGGGGAGUGCAUAAGGUUUACAGAGUGUAGUUUAUUUUAAAAAAAUUAAUGUUAAGAAUCUUCAUUAAAAUGCGUUUCCGACGGAUAAAAAUGUAUUGAGAAGAGAGUAUGUAUGGAUUAUGACACAGAGGUAGGCUGUCAAAAUAAAAAUGUGAAUGGAAAUUAUUGUUUUUGGGAUGUAAAUGCUAAUCCAAGAUGCCAAGAUGCAUAGUAAUGCACUUAACUGCCCCAGUAUUUAAUGAGUGAUUAUGAUUGCAGAAGUGCUAUGUAAUAGUGUACAGUAAAUGAUUUGGGGUUGGGAUGUGAGGAUGGAAAAAACAAAUGCGAAGAAUACACUUUCGAAAACUAAUGCUAUUUUACAUAUAAUAAAAAAGUUGAGUGCUUUUGGGAUGAUGAAUUAUAAAUGUGUUAUACUAAGAAUUGCGAGAAUAAGCGAUUAAAGACCUAUGACGAAUGCAAUUCAUACAUGUCAAAGUGUACUACAAAUGGUGUCCAUUGUAUUGAGAAAAAGGAGUGCAAAAAUAUUGGAAAUGCAAUAGGAUGUGUUUUGGACAUCAAUAACAAAAAAUGUGUGUAUUACAAUGGACAAUGUCAGGUGAAGAGUUGUGUAACAGCACCCUAGUCAUAUAAUAACUACGAAUAAUGUCAGUCAUAUGACCAAUUGCUGGAUUGUGUGAGUGCAUAAAAUGGAGGAUGUAAAGAUAGACCAAUAUAAUGUUAGGAUUAUUGUUAAGAAAUAGAUUGCAAAUCGGUAGACAUUUAAGAUUGUGUAUGGUUUGAGAAUAAAUGUGACAAGAGGUAGUGUUUCCAUGCUCCCAAGAGUUUUAACCAUAACUAAUGUAAAGGAUAUGGAACAUGUAUGGGCACACUGUUGGGGGGUUGCCAAUUGAGACCCUAAUCUUGUUAGGACAUCAGCAAUUAAGAGUUCUGUGAUAUUACAUAUGACGAAUCUCGAUGCAUUUGGGUAAAUGGUCAAUGCAAUUAAUUGGUGUGCUCAAAUUUGAAAUUACCAAAAUAUGAUAAUCACCAGAAAUGUCAAGAAGCAAGCAGAUUUUGUACAUUUAACAUUGAGAUAGGUGGAUGCAUAGAUUACAUCUGUACAAACAUUACUGAUGUUACUGCCUGUACUAUUGACUCUCUAGGUCAAGUAUGUAAUUUGAAUGAUGGUUGUAUUGUGAAGAAAUGUAAAUUAGCCCCCAGUUAUUAUGAUACUAAUGAGUAAUGCGAAAGUUGGAUAAGAACAUGCACUGUUAACAUAUAUGAAUACGAUGGCAACUUUAUAAAAUUUGGAUGCACUGAUAAACCAUCGGAGUGCUCAAUAGCAAAAUAAGAUUAAUGCUAUUCAACCUAUUCGGGUUUUCAUUGUAAGUGGUAAUCGGACUAAUGCUUAAAUAAAUAAUGUAUUGAUGCAGACAGCUUUUACACAACUAAUGGACGUUGCUUACGAUUCAAAGUUGAUUCAAAAACAUGUAUUAUAAAUAGCACGAAUGAUGGAUGCGUUGAGUGGCCUACUUCGUGUUCCUCAAUGCUGUCGUAAACCCAAUGUGAUCUUGGUUUGCAGGAUUCUACUGUUUGUAUUUGGUCUUCUGGUUCAUGUCGUUAAAUUAAUUGCAUAGAUGCUCCAAGUGCUUCGUAUAUCAACAAUCUUCAAUGUCACAGAUUCUAGAGCGAUUGCAUUGUAACAUCCUCGUUCUCGGGAUGCAUGAUUAGACCAACCAAUCUAGCGUGUUCAGCAUCUCCAAAUAAUGAAAUGUAUGACACUCAUUAAGAAUGUCAAGCUUGGAAUCCGAAUUGUACUAUCUCAGAUUAAACUACUCCUGCAGGCUGCUAAUACAAAAGAGCUUUAUGUUCAGAAUACGUGACCAAAAAUCAAUGUAAAUUAAUAUAAGAUUCUUUGUAUCCGUAUCCUAAGUCUGAAAACUAUUGCUUUUGGGAUUACGCAACAUCUACAUGUCUAAGCGCACUAUAACUUGGUACUUUAUAAUGCGGUAGGCAUAACAUCGGUGAAUUAACACACAGUUCGUGCGAAGAUUUUAUGAAGAUUUGCACAAUUAAUGAUAUCACAACACUUUGCGUCGACCUUUAAGAGAAUUGCACUAUCUACACAAUAGAAUAAGCCUGUAGGUUGAACAAAUACCAAUAACCUUGCUAUUGGGAUAAGGUAUAGGGUAUAUGUCUAGAUUUAUUAUGCUCUCAAAACACAAGUGCAAUAACAGAGGCAGAAUGCUUAUAAUAUAAAAGUGGAUAUCUAUGCUAACUCAUAUAUAAUGAAGAUGGAAUACCUCUAGAAGGUUGUGAAGAUAGGCCGACCAACUGUUCAGAUGUAAAGUAUCAAAAGGUAUGUAAUAAAACCAUAACAACUUUGAAUGAGAAAUGCUAUUAUUUUAACAAUAAUUGCAAUGUAAUUACUGAUGCAAGCUAAUGUAAAUUAAUCACUGAGGCCUCCAGCGAUGAUGAGUGCCAAUUUUAUUUUUCGUUAUGCUUAUUACAAUAGAGUGGCAAGGGAUGUUAUAGUGUAGAUGAAUGUGGUAAUCUUGUAAACACAAACUGCAAUUCUGCUGUUCUUUACAAAAAUUUAAAGUGUCUUUAUUAUGGUAAUGAAUGCAGACGUAAUCGAUUUUGUAGUGAACUCUUCUCUUCUCAAAGUACUUGUAAUAAUGUGAAAACAAGUCUUGCCAUAUUGUGCAGCUAUCAAUAUGUUGGAUCUGAUCUUAAAUGUGUGGCUAAAGAAUGUGCUCUAAGUAAUUUAGCAGGUAGCGUUUCAGAUAAAUAUGAUAUAUGUCACAACUAUUCUUCCGUUUGUACUUAUGAUAUCACUACUGAUUCAACAACCAAGUCGUGUAAGCAGAUCAUAAAUUGUAGUGAUCUCACAGUUUAGGGAACGAUCAAUUACAAGUGGUGUAAUGAUUCAAUGACCAUAUCCCAACAAAAAUGUGGAUUCAAUUUUGGCUCUCUCAUAUGUGAGAACCGACAAUGCAAUCAUUUGAAAUCUGCAAAUGUUGGACUUUUAAAUGACCAAGCAUGCUUUGAUUGGAAUCACAAUUGUGUUUUUGAUGGUACUAAUUGCAAACCCUUUAACAAUGUAGAUUGUGAAUAAAUAAAAUUAAAGCAUCAAUGUUUACAAUAUUCACAAUGUUCUUUACAAUAAAAUGACUGUGUAAGUAGUGCGAAUUGUCAACUGAAUACAACUGCAGUUUCUUUAUAUGAAUGCUAAUUAAUUAAUAAAAUAUGCACACUAGAUUAUAGAAGUGGAUAAGGUUGUAAAUACGAACAGUGCGAUUACAUUUUUAAUAUGGCACAAUGUGAUUCUGCUCACACCAGUGAUGGAAUGGAUUGUUAUUGGAAUGGUAGUUUGUGCAUUCCUAAAUCCUGUAAUUAAUUCACAACAUAACUGAGUUGCCAAGCAAAAUAUGGAGUAUUGACCAUUAAUUCAAAAAUUAUCACUGUGAAGUGUUAUUGGUGCAGUGGAUCUUGUUCAGUAAACAAUCCCUGCGAUCCAACCAUUAAUCUGGCUCUAAUAAAGCAUGAAGACUGCCACAAUUAGGAUAUUCUCAAAACUGUUUCUUAUUAAAACGGUCCAAUUUGUAAAUUAAAGGAGACCGAUUGCGAGGAUUAUCUGUUCUAAUCUUCUUGCAUCGUAACACUAAAUGGAUACUAAUGUGCAUGGGUUUUUGGGAGUUGUAAGGAUUAUUGCAUGUCAAUACCAAGUACGCCAGCAGAUCAUGCAGAUUGUCAUACAUUUGAUAGCAAAUGUAUGUAGAAUACGGUGGAUGCAAUAAUAACAUGUACUCAUGUUAUUUGUUCCAGUUUAAGUUCUUCAGAGUGUACAAUAUAUUAAGAUAUUUGUACAAUAGAUUCCUCAAGUAACUGUGUAGACAUUACUACAUGCAGUGUGCAUAAUUCUACUGUAUGUAAUACAAGCAAAGAUGUCUAAGGAUAUACUUGUUCAGAUGCAGGUGGAAUCUGCACAAGGCAAAGUAAUAUUGAAAACUGUGAAUCCAAUAAUAGUUUAGAUUCUCAUUCAGCUUGUGAGUCCUUGUUUUUAAGUGGAGAAUGCACAGUAAAGAGUAAAUAUUCUAAUUGCACAAAUCUACCAGCUAGUUGCAGUUUGGCAACAUAAAAACAAUGUUAUAUUGACAAUAAUAGAAAUAGAUGCUAUUGGAAAUCAUCAACAAGUCAAUGCAUUUAAUUACUUAAUUGUUCAGAUUUAGGGAUUGAAAACGAUUCUCAUGAAAAAUGUCAAUCGUAUUUGUCACAUUGCACUGUGAAUUCACUAAAGAAUGGUUGUAUUAAUUUAGCUGAUUGCAACUUGUAUACAAUUAAGGAACAAUGCUAUAUCAAUAGUUUACAAAUACAAUGCGAGUNCUCUCUCAUAUGUGAGAACCGACAAUGCAAUCAUUUGAAAUCUGCAAAUGUUGGACUUUUAAAUGACCAAGCAUGCUUUGAUUGGAAUCACAAUUGUGUUUUUGAUGGUACUAAUUGCAAACCCUUUAACAAUGUAGAUUGUGAAUAAAUAAAAUUAAAGCAUCAAUGUUUACAAUAUUCACAAUGUUCUUUACAAUAAAAUGACUGUGUAAGUAGUGCGAAUUGUCAACUGAAUACAACUGCAGUUUCUUUAUAUGAAUGCUAAUUAAUUAAUAAAAUAUGCACACUAGAUUAUAGAAGUGGAUAAGGUUGUAAAUACGAACAGUGCGAUUACAUUUUUAAUAUGGCACAAUGUGAUUCUGCUCACACCAGUGAUGGAAUGGAUUGUUAUUGGAAUGGUAGUUUGUGCAUUCCUAAAUCCUGUAAUUAAUUCACAACAUAACUGAGUUGCCAAGCAAAAUAUGGAGUAUUGACCAUUAAUUCAAAAAUUAUCACUGUGAAGUGUUAUUGGUGCAGUGGAUCUUGUUCAGUAAACAAUCCCUGCGAUCCAACCAUUAAUCUGGCUCUAAUAAAGCAUGAAGACUGCCACAAUUAGGAUAUUCUCAAAACUGUUUCUUAUUAAAACGGUCCAAUUUGUAAAUUAAAGGAGACCGAUUGCGAGGAUUAUCUGUUCUAAUCUUCUUGCAUCGUAACACUAAAUGGAUACUAAUGUGCAUGGGUUUUUGGGAGUUGUAAGGAUUAUUGCAUGUCAAUACCAAGUACGCCAGCAGAUCAUGCAGAUUGUCAUACAUUUGAUAGCAAAUGUAUGUAGAAUACGGUGGAUGCAAUAAUAACAUGUACUCAUGUUAUUUGUUCCAGUUUAAGUUCUUCAGAGUGUACAAUAUAUUAAGAUAUUUGUACAAUAGAUUCCUCAAGUAACUGUGUAGACAUUACUACAUGCAGUGUGCAUAAUUCUACUGUAUGUAAUACAAGCAAAGAUGUCUAAGGAUAUACUUGUUCAGAUGCAGGUGGAAUCUGCACAAGGCAAAGUAAUAUUGAAAACUGUGAAUCCAAUAAUAGUUUAGAUUCUCAUUCAGCUUGUGAGUCCUUGUUUUUAAGUGGAGAAUGCACAGUAAAGAGUAAAUAUUCUAAUUGCACAAAUCUACCAGCUAGUUGCAGUUUGGCAACAUAAAAACAAUGUUAUAUUGACAAUAAUAGAAAUAGAUGCUAUUGGAAAUCAUCAACAAGUCAAUGCAUUUAAUUACUUAAUUGUUCAGAUUUAGGGAUUGAAAACGAUUCUCAUGAAAAAUGUCAAUCGUAUUUGUCACAUUGCACUGUGAAUUCACUAAAGAAUGGUUGUAUUAAUUUAGCUGAUUGCAACUUGUAUACAAUUAAGGAACAAUGCUAUAUCAAUAGUUUACAAAUACAAUGCGAGUGGAUCCAAGCAUAAAAUAAAUGCGAUUAGAAAACAUGUAUUACUGCAUAGUUAUAGAAGUAUUCAUCAGGAGCAUGUCAAUUGUAUUUUGAUUUAACCUGUUCAGUAAAUGAUAAUUUAACACAAUGCGAGUUGGCAAAGAGUCAAUGUCUAGGUUAUAAUGAAUUGCAAUGUAAAAGUGAUGGACAACACAAUACUAAUGGUACUGAGUGUUUUUGGAAUACAGAGAAGAUAUAGUGCGUAGAAAAGACAUGUGAGAAUGGCCCUAAAUUCGCUUUGUCUGAUAAGGAAUGCGAGGGUUAUAUGCAGAAUUGUUAAAAAGGUGGAUGCAGAUUACGAAUUUGCACUGAUUACUAUUAUGCAAUUGACUCUGCUUGUGCCUCUAUAUUCCCAGACAAAAGUUGUACUACAAAUGGUUAUUAAUGCAUCAAAAGGAGCAGUUGUGAAGAAGUAUUGAUUAAGGAUGGGUGCACUUUUGAUAAGUUUUACAAUGAGUGUGCGUGGAUAACAACUACUUGUGUUACAAAAACAUGCAACACAGCUACCACUAACAUAACCACUCAUCAACAAUGUUAAGAGUAUUUACCAUCAUGUACUGCUAAGAAAGGGGGAGGAUGUGUGCAGAUAAAUGAGUGUCAAUAUUUUUCAAUCAAGGAGGCUUGUUAGAGUGAUAAGUAUAAUUAGGGAUGCAUUUGGGAUGAUUAAUUACAAAUGUGUUUUACUGAUGUAUGCGAAGGCUUUUGUGGAGAUGGGAUCAUUACUAAUUCGGCUGAAGUAUGUGACGAUGGCAAUUAUCUUCCUUAUGAUGGAUGCUACAAGUGUUAGAUCUAGUGUUCUUUGGGCUGUUUGUAGUGUGAGGGUAAAUUAUGCUAAAUUUGUGAUUCAUAUGGAUGGAAACUGGCAGAUGGGCAAUGCAAAUCCAUUUGUGGAGAUGGCAUUAUUGUGGGCAAAGAAUAUUGUGACGAUGGUAAUCUCGUAGAAUUUGAUGGCUGUUAUAAUUGUGAAUAUUCAUGUGAUUCUCAUUGCCAGAAAUGUUUCCAAGGAAUAUGCAUCUAAUGCCCUUAUGGAUUGUAUGAAAAUGAAUCAUAUUGCCAAAGUAAAUGCGGAGAUGGUCUCUUUGUUUCUCAUUACGAACAAUGCGAAGAUGCCAACACUGACAAUAAUGAUGGAUGCAAUUCUAAUUGUUAAAUUGAAAAAUUCUGGAAGUGCUAUUUCGUAGACUCCUUGAGUGUUUGCAUUUACAAUAUCAGUCCAACCAUCAAAUUGACUACUCCUCCAUAUAGUUAUGGUUAGAGCUAAGAAAUCAUCCUCUCAUUCAGUGAAGAAGUCAGAUUGAAUUCGACUUCCAUCACUGAAGAGAUAUUUCUACAACUCAUUCAAAUUUCCAUCUCCAAUCUCUAAGAUUCUGAUUACACUUAUGAAAUAAUUCCCAUCCUGAGCAUUGAUUACACUUUGCAACCAGUCUCCUACAAAAUUACACUCAAUUUCUAUAAAUCUGUUGUCGGACCCAUAUUAAUAGUCAAGAUCAAUUGUGACCAACUAGUUAAUCAAUAUGAGAAUCAAUUAGCUUCUAAUUAAUAAACCAUCCUCUUGAAGGAUCCCUUUACAUUAUCGUCAACUCAAAAGUUGGUGGCUGCCAAUGCUGCCUUAUUCAAUGAAAUUGUAAUCUAUUCAUUGAUUGCUGUUGCUUGUGUUGCUUUCAUUAGUGGAAAUCUAGAAAUCUUCUGGAAUCUCAUAGAUACCCUAUAACAAUUAUCUUAUAUGAAGUAUUUGAAUCUGAAAUUUCCUUAAAAUUUAUCCAUCUACUUUGAAAUUUUCUCCCUUGUUACCAUUUAGCCAAUAACAGAUAGACUCAAAUUGAGUGGAUUCAUUGAAGAAAUGUUUCAAUACACUUCUCCCUUCAUACCUGCCUACGGAAGAUUUGAAGUCUUCUCUGUCAAUUGUUACUUUGGAAUCAAUUUGGAAUCCUUCAUCAUUAUACUAAUUCUUGGAUUCACCAAUUACAUUAUCGUUUACUUGUUAUAACUACUACUUACUGCACUCAAAUACUACAAUUGGCCCAUCAUAUUUGAUUAAAAAUAUGUCGAAACAGUCACCAAAAUAAUCAAAGCCAUGUAUUUCAUUCAAAAAAUCUGCAAAUCCUAUUACUAAUACUUCAUUUACUCAGGACUUGUUAGAAUUUACUUAUCCAACUUCUAUGACUUAAUGUUCUCUGCUCUCCUGCAAGUGGCCAAUUUCUAAAGUUACGACUCCAUCACUAAAACUAGCUCAUUUCUUGCACUUUUCAUACUCAUUUUCAAUUUUGCUCUCAUGUUCCAACUGUACUCCUACCUGAGUACUGUAAAGAAUUUAUCGAAACGAUUCUCCAUAUUCUUUGAAGGACUAGAAAUCAAAGGGAACUAUUGGAAUAAGCAAUACACCACACUGGUCCUGAUUAAAAAGACCAUUUUCAUUGCUAAUUUAGUCCUAUUGCAAACAGUCCCCCCUGUUCAACCUAUAUUAACCUCUUUGAUUUCAGGCUUUUAUUCUGUCUAUGUCUAUAGAAUGAGACCUUUUGCAAACCAAUUUGAAAACUACAAAAUUAUCAUAACCGAAUGCUUGAUAGCAGCCAUCGCCAUCUUAUUUUCAAUUUCCGAAUCACUCCUAUUAUUCUCAGAAAUAGAAUACGUAUCUGUAUUAGGAUGGGUGGAAAUUGCAGGAUUCUCAACCAUCCUAUUGGCUACUUUAUUUAUAGAUUUCUAUCAACAAUUGGGAAAACCAGCCAAAUAAAUCUUUGAAAUAUUAAAGAAAUGUGGCACUAAAACUACUUUAGAUAACUCUAACUCAAGUAGCUCUAUACUCAAAGAAGGAGUUAUAUAAUUUUAUUGA